UUCUGUUCACAUUAUGCUAAAAUUACAACUCUCUAAAUCCUAUUUUUAGAUGAGAAUACCUUCGCAGUUAUUGUGCUCCAUCGAAAACUUGGCGCUGUUGUCCCUUCGGAAUGCCUCAACAGCCGGGAUCACCACUACUGCUGCUGUGAAUCGUGUUUAUUCCCCUCCACGACGGCAAUUGACUGUUCAAACCAAACCUAGGAUCGAGACAAGAACUCUGGAAACGCAAAAACCAGAGCUGAUAAUAUUUGACAAGGAUGGUACAUUGAUCUGCUUUCAUUCGAUGUGGAUACCAUGGGCUGUGGACACAGCAAAAAGAUUAGAACAAGCUACUGGACUACCGCUAUCGCGUCAAAUUUACAAAUUACUUGGGCUUUCGCCUGCAGAAGGAAAGGUGAGACCAGGACUUUUAGCCGAAGGGACCAUGGGUCAAAUCAAGCACGAACUUCAGAAGUUACUUAUAAGAAAUGGACGUGGCAACGCCUAUGAGUUUGGCAUUAUCGACAAGUGUAUACAGGACAGCCACUUACGAUGUCCAUCGAGUUUUCAAGCUAUACGGGACAUGCAGUUGUUGUUUAGUGUACUGAAAGAUAAUGAUGUUAAGACUGCUGUUUGCACUGCAGAUAAUAGGGUAAACACCGUUGCAAUGCUGCGAAGGUUUGGUGUCGAAGACUUGGUAGAUGUCUUAGUUUGCGGUGAUGAUCCUGGAUCAAAGCCAAAGCCGCAUCCUCGUAACGCUAGUUUUAUUUGCCAAGCCACGAACACGCCUCCAGAGAGUGCGGUAAUGGUCGGCGAUACACUGGCAGACUUGGGUAUGGCACGAGCUGCAGGUUUAGGUGCAGCCGUUGGUGUAUUAUCGGGUGUAGGAUCACUAGAGUAUUUAAAAUCACAUGCUGAUAUACUGGUUCCAGAUGUCGGAAGCCUUCUGACUAUGUUUCUUGGCAUCGACUAUUUUCCAAACAACUAG